UAUUUAGUAUUUCGGCUACCGCUAACGCAACGUACAGUGUGUGAUUACACACGCAACGAGAGUUCAGUGAAGUCGUGUGAUAUUACAGUUCCUUAAUAUGUACUCGUACUUAACAUGUAUUUCUAUGAAUCAAACUAGUUAAUUAAGAGAAAGAGUAGGAAGCGUCAAAAGCACAACGAAGCAAAACUACCCUUGAAUUUUUUUUACUAUUGUAAACUUAAAAUGAAAGAAGGUGGAUGUUCAUUAAAACCACCCUCGGCAUUAUCAGUGCCAUACUUCUUGUGUGAUUAGUGAUUAUUUUAUAGUUAUUCCUCAACAAAGGACAAGAGCGCUUGCUUUAUCGCAUAUUUCAUUAAUAUUAGGGGAAUAAAAUAUAAAAAGAAUAUAUCAACACAUCCGACAAGAAAUUUAUGAUGAAUUAAACUUCGUUGCCACCCAAACUGGUACAAACCCUUUGGUUGCCUACGGACAAUUUAUAACAAACUUGUAGACUAGAAACUCAAAUAAGGAAAGGAAGAAAACUAGCAUACAGGUGUGAACGAUAGCAGAAAAUUCUAAACUUCUUUCCACAUAAUCGAAGCUAAAAGAGAAUGAGUUGCGUGAGCGAGGUGAUUGGCCUAGCCUGCAUUUUGGCGCUUAUCUUGAGUUUUUCUUCAAAAGCGCCGUACCAACUGAAAAUGGCUGUGUUCUUGAUUGGUUCUGGUGCUAUUGUUCUUAUUUGCAUACCUCUAAUGCUUUUCAGACCGCGUGAUUAUAGGAACGCAUUCAUACCAGCUUGGGGUUGUCGACAACUUUGCAAAGCUCUAGGUGUUACCAUGAUGGUCCAAGGUCUAGAAAAUAUUCGCGUGGAACACGGCGCUGUUGUGCUUAUUAAUCAUCAAAGCUUUCUUGACUUGUGUGGACUAGCGUAUUUAUGGCCAAUAAUUGGGCGAGCAACAGUAGUAUCUAAAAAGGAAAUCCUUUUCUUUCCUUUCUUUGGCUUGGGCGCGUGGCUAUGGGGUACGCUUUUCAUAAACCGCUCUAGUAAAAAAGAUUCUAUCAACGCCUUACAGAAGGAGUCCAAGGCAAUUCAAGAACAUAAUUGCAAGCUAUUAUUUUUCCCCGAAGGUACCCGUAAUGUGAAAGAUACAUUGUUGCCUUUCAAAAAAGGACCCUUCCACAUUGCUCUCCAAAGUCAAUGUCCAAUCCAGCCGGUUGUUAUAUCUAAAUACUAUUUUUUAAAUGGUGCAAAUAAAACAUUCCGUCCAGGCCAUGCCAUUAUAAAAAUUUUGCCUGAAAUUCAUACUGCCGGAUUUGCCCCUGGAGAUAUGGAUGAAAUUAUCAAAAUCACCAGAAAUACCAUGGACUACGAAUACAAAAAAUUAAAUCAAGAAAUACGAAGACAUUGAUAUGAGAUGCUGAUACAUAAGUAUAUGUGUGUAUAUCUGUGACAAAAAUGUGCAUAGUGACUAAUGUAAAGAAAUAUGUUCAUAUGUACAAGUUAACGUAUUUAAAAUUACGUAUGUGUAUAACUACAAUAGAUACAAGAAGCAAAAUUUGUAUACCACAUUUCGCUACAAUAUUCCUAAAUAAAUAUGUAUAGGUACAAUACAGAA